AUGGACCAAUACCUCGCAUAUUUCCCCCAAACUGAGGGCUACCUGCCCAAAUGGCUUUUCUUCGUUUCGGUUGUCUCCGCUCUUAACAGCCUGCAAGCUUACAAUGCGCCAAAAUAUACCUCUCAGCUCUACAGUAAUGGCAAGGUCCCCGCCAGCCCGCUCUCCGGCCGCAUCUUCGGAACCUGGACUUUCCUCUCUGCAGUCAUUCGCAUGACCGCCGCUUACAAUAUCACAAACUCUGUCGCAUACGACCUCGGCAUGUGGACAUAUGGUAUUGCGCUGGCACAUUUUGUUGGCGAGAUUAUCUGCGGCGAUGCCUCGCUCGAGGGCCGGUUCUUGAGUCCCUUGGUUGUUGCUUCGUCUUCGCUGGUUUGGAUGUUCACCCAACGCGCUGCCUACCUGGGUUAA